ACAAGUCAAUAAGCAAUGCACAACUAAACAAAUGCAAGUGUAAACAUGCAUUUCAGAACAGCUACAUAAAAAACGUCAGCUCUUGUUUUCAAACCCUGAAGGUCAACAAGUCUAGAACAAACAUAAUCCUGUCAAUCAGUUAUGAACGCUGCAUGCACAAACCCACAAGUGUACACACACGCACGCGUGCAUAUGUAGCAGGCUUUGGCAUGUUAUACGAGGCUGCACACCUUCUUCUAACACAUUCCAGAGAAAAACUGCAGAGGUGAUAACAGGACAACCCACCACACUUUCUUUUAUCAAACGCUAAGAAGUAAAAGAGAUGGCUGAGGAAAACUUCAAUCCUCUAUCAGAAGAAGCCGGAUUCUUCUGUUUGGCAACAGAGGCUCGCUCAGGGACACAAGUCGCCCAGCCCUUCCCACGCUCUCCAAAACUGAUCAGAAAACCAUCAGGGAACUCUCCAAAACCUUCCGAGCUGCCGGUCUGGUUGGAGGAGUUGAAGAAGGAGAAAAAAAAAACUGAAGCUCAUCUGGAAUCUAUUAAAAAGCGUCAAACAAACUUAAUUAAAAGUUCAGAAACAAUGAAGCAGCGGAUACAGGAGUGCUUUGAGGGGCUACACAUGGCUUUGCAGGAGGAUGAACAGGCCGUUUUGGACAUGAUAGAGCAAGACCACAGAGAGACGAGCAGUAAACUGAACCGAAUACUUCAAGACUGGAAUCAACACCUCACUCUCCUGCAGAAACACAUCACCGUUAUGCAAUCUGCCCAAGAUGGCCCAGUCGAGUCCCUGAAGCAGCUGUUUCCUGAGGAUUUUAAGAUGACAUGCUGUCGUAAGAAACUGGACCCGGCUGAAGAAGAGAUAAAAAUGAAUGAGGAGAGGGUUCAGAAGCUCAUGAAGGCUCUUAGAAACAUCUCCAAAGAUCUAAAAGCUCAGUUACAACAAAAGACCCUGCUGCUGGAUUCCUCUAAUGUGGCAAUCGACAAACAGACCUGUCACAAACAGAUCAUGGUGUCCUCAGAUGGGCGGGGCAUGUGCCUAUCCACAGAGGACCGCUCCGUUCCCCAAGACCCUUUGAGGUUUGAUCAGCUGUACUGUGCCUUGAGCUGUUUUGCAAUCAAAACUGGUAAGCACUAUUGGGAGGUGGAUGUGCACUGCUGUCCAGCAUGGGCUGUGGGCGUCGCUUACGGCAGCAUACAAAGGAGAGGGCGGGACAAAGGUGCCAAACUUGGACGGAACAGGUGCUCGUGGAGUCUUGAGUUUCAGGAUGGGCACCUCACGGCCUGGCACAACGAUCGACACGUGGCCCUUCCAGUCACGGCAGCCCGGGCAGCACCGAACAGGGUGGGAGUGUUUGUUAACUAUAAGAAGGGCCGUGUUGUGUUUUAUGAUGCUGAGACUAUGAGAAUCCUGCAGGAGUUUUCAGCAGUGCAAACCGCUGUGUUUGACAGAGCCUAUCAUCAGUUUACUGAACCUCUCUACCCAGCAUUCCGCUUCUUCUCACCCAGAGACAGACACACAGGCCAUAACCAUUUGGAGAUUUGUGACCUCAGUCUUUAAAUAAAUAUUCCUUGCUUAUACUGAGAUGUUACAAACAGGAUCUACUUUCUCAAGUAAUGAUGUCUUAAAGGGAAAGUCCACCAUUUUUAAUCAUAAUAGCAUCUUAAUGUGAUUUAAGUCUGUCUUUGUGUUAUGGCUUUAAGUUUUUUUGCAUACAGUUUUAAGCCUUUUAUUAAGUUUACCUGUAAUCAAUAUCCAGCAAUAAACUCUGCAUGGUAUGUCUCUUGUCAUCCAUA